AUGUCAUCUGUUGAGCAUGGUGCUAACUCUGCUUCCCGCAAGAUCCUCGCCCUCCACCAGAAGGAAGUUGAUGAGAAGACAAACCACCAUGAAAAGAUCCACGGUGUAGACCCACUCCACACAUCACACAAGGAAGUCUAA